CUCUUUAGAAAGUUAAAUUUCCCGCGUUCGUCAUCGAUUCGAGACACAAGAAUCGAUAGCCGACUAUAGCGCCGCUUCACGCAAAUGGAGACGCGAUCGACUGAUGACGCAGGGUGUUCCGGUGAUUCUGGAUCUGGUGCUGAAUUCUGGAGGCUAUUGCGUUCAGAUUUUCGUCUUGAUCCAUUCAAUUUUAUCUGAGCCUCUUGCGAAAUAAGACACGGUAAUUUAAUACUUUGCAAAGAUGGCAGACUCUGAUGAUGAAUAUGAUAGGAAAAGACGGGAUAAAUUUAGAGGUGAGAGAACAGAAUCAUAUUCACGGGAACGUAGAGAUGAUCGCAGACGUGACGAUUGGGUUGAUAGUCACACUGAUAGUGAUUCUUAUAGAGAGUGGUCCAGUCGUCCUAGACAACGUCCAGAUUAUCGGGAAUAUCGAGGUGGUGGAAGUGGAGGGCGAGAUCGUUAUAGCCCUGCAAGAUCUCAAGACAUGGCACCACCUUUGAAAAGAAUGCGGUUCGAAUGGGAUGACAGACCAAGAUAUGGACAUGAUUAUUAUGCUGGUGGCAGUGGUGGUGGUGGUGGUGCUGGUGGUGGUGGUGGAGGAGGAGGAGGUGGAGGUGGUGGAAAUUCAUGGAGUCCUGAUAACUAUACUUCUCACCAUGGCAACCAUCACUAUGGCAACCAUAAUAAUAAUAGCAGUCGGGAAGUAGCUGGAAAUUUCAGUAAUUCGAAUGUUGAAACCCAGCCACCUAUGAUGUCAUUCAAAGCAUUUCUUGGUACUCAAGAAGAUAGUAUUACUGAUGAGGAAGCGAUUAAACGUUACAACGAAUAUAAAUUGGAAUUCAGGAGGCAGCAGCUCAAUGAGUUCUUUGUCGCCCAUAAAGAUGAAGAAUGGUUUAAAAUAAAAUAUCAUCCUGAGGAAUCAGUAAAAAGGAAAGAAGAGCAAGUAUCAGCACUCAAGAAACGUGUGGAAGUUUUUCUGGAGUUGCUAAAAUCGGGAGAUAUAGACAAAGUAUCUGUUGAUGCCGAUCAAGCGGAUUCGUUGCUGCAUCUUUUAGAUGCAGUAGUUAUUAAAUUGGAAGGAGGAACAGAGGAAGAUUUACAGAUUUUAAAUGUCAAACCACUUAAGCCUAUAAUAACUAAUAAAGAUGUUUUGAAAGAGAAAGAAGAUCAGAAAAAAAGAUCCUCUACAGAAAAGAAAUCUGAAAACAGCGAGGAAAAUAAAGUGGACGAAUCACAGCAUGAUGAGAAAGAUACUAAGAAUGAGCAAAACGCUAAUAUACAAGUCAAAAGCUCAGAAAAAAAUGAAAAUGCAACAUCUGACAAAAUGAAGGAAAAUGAGGAUGCAGAAAGCAAAGAAGUAGAAGAAACUGCUGAUAAUGAUAAGCCUUCGGAAAAACCAGAGAAAUCAAGAAAGCGUAAACGUACCGAUAGCAAUAGCAGUAGCAGUAGCAGCAGUAGCAGUAGUUCCUCUGGUAGUGACAACAAUAAGACAGAUAUAAAACUACCAAAAACUGAAGAUUCUGUGAACAUAAAAGUAGAAUCCAGUAAAGAUGCCGAAGAAGAAGAUGUUAAAACAGAGAAUCAAGAAAUUAAAACGGAAGUAGAAGCAAAAAGCAGUAAAAAGUCUACAAUUGAACCGGAAGCAGUAAUCGAUUUAGCUAGCGAAGAUAAAGAAAAGGAACCUAGAGCUUUGCAUAAAACUAGCAGCAUCUUCCUUCGUAACUUAGCUCCAACUAUUACGAAAGCAGAAGUUGAAGCGAUGUGUAAACGAUUUCCUGGAUUCUUACGUGUAGCUAUAGCGGAUCCGCAACCGGAAAGACGAUGGUUCCGUCGUGGUUGGGUUUCUUUUGAGAGACAAGUGAAUAUCAAAGAAAUUUGCUGGAGUUUAAAUAAUAUUCGAUUGCGUGAGUGUGAGCUUGGUGCGAUAGUGAACAGAGAUUUGUCACGACGUAUUCGAUCAGUGAAUGGUUUAACGUCUCAUAAACAAAUUGUCAGACAUGAUAUUAAACUUAGCGCUAAAAUUGUUCACAAUCUGGACAAUAAAGUUGGAUUAUGGAAGGAAGAAAAAAAGGAUGAAAGCAUAAUAAAGCAGGAAGAUGAUAAAGAAAACAAAACUGCUCAAAGUAGUAACGAGGUUGAGCAAGCUGCGUUUGGAUUGUCAUCUAAAAAUCCAGUAUUGAAAAAUAUAACAGAUUAUUUGAUAGAAGAAGCUUCAGCCGAAGAAGAAGAAUUAUUGGGUAUGUCAGGUGAGCAAGAAGAAGGUCAGUUAGGCGGCGAUGGAGAUAGUUCAAUCGAGAGGGAUCCUGUUUUAAUCAAGGUACUAGAUAGAUUAGUACUAUAUUUGCGAAUCGUUCAUUCCGUUGACUAUUACAAUCACUGUGAGUAUCCAAAUGAGGAUGAAAUGCCUAAUAGAUGUGGAAUAAUGCAUGUGAGAGGAUGUCCACCCACUGUCAAAGUCUCAAGUGCAGAAUUAUCAGAAUAUUGUCGUAACUUCGAGAGCAAAAUGUCUGCUUUUCUACAACCAGUUGCUACUCUAUCCGCUGAAGACUUCGAAAAAUUAGGCGCGAAAAAUGCCGAAACUGAGGUUGAAAAGUUUGUUCAAGCUAACACCCAAGAAUUAUCAAAAGAUAAAUGGCUGUGUCCUCUUAGUGGGAAGAAAUUUAAAGGACCUGAUUUUAUCCGUAAACACAUUUUCAACAAGCAUUCUGAGAAAGUCGCUGAAGUAAAAGCGGAGGCUGAAUAUUUCAAUAAUUAUUUACGUGAUCCAAAAAGACCUCAACUUCCUGAACAUCCUGGUAACAAGGCGCCACUGAGGGAUGGCUCACGCGACAACUUUUCACCAUAUAAUUGCACUCCAUUCGGGAAUUAUGGUAGUGGAUUCGGCAGCAACAGAGGCAAUUAUGGUUCCGGUUAUAGUGGCGGAUUUGGAUUUAACGCACCGCGUUCUAAUCGUGGCGGAUUUAAUCGAGGGCGUGGCAGUGGCGAUUUCCGACCAGUCAUACAUUAUCGAGAUCUUGAUGCACCACGAGAACCAGAUGAAUUUCUCUAAUAUUACAGGAAGUAUUAAUAUAAAGCUAUGUAGACAUCUUUUAGAGACACUUGAAAACAACAAUUUUUUCUGUAAAUCAUUGUUCACAAAUAUGUAUAUUAUAUAUUUCAGUAUAUAUUUACAAUUGCUAAUUAACUUCUGAAGUAAAAAUAAGCAUAUGUAACUAUAUUUAUUUUUACUAUGCUUUCUAAAAAGUUAAGACGAAAAUAAUGAACAUUUAAGUAUAAGAAAACGAGAUUUGAAAUAUUGAUUAACUUUUUUUUUUUUUUUUCUUAUAAUAUAUAAAACAUUUAUUAUAAGAUAAAUUCAAAUUGAAUGAAAGUAAAUAAUUCAAAUUAAAUCUGGAAGAAAUAUAUAAAACUGACAGAUCGUGCACGACUUACAAUUUAUGAUUCACGAUUCACUAUAUGUGAGAAAUUCAUAAGUACUUUAUAUGAAUUAGUUUAUUAUUCGUGUAUCAUUUAUUACUCUCUUGAAGUGUUAAAAUUAUGAACGAAAUUUUUCAAGGGAAUUAGAGGACAUGAAUUAAUCGAUAUGUAUAAAAUUACAAGUAACCAACUAAGAAUUGCAAAUAUUGAUAACCCUAUCGAAUGAUAAAUUUUUACUUAUCUGCUACAAAUUGCACAUAAAGCUACAUUAUGUACUUUACAUAUGUCAAUGUUUGAAUGUUUUUAAAUGGCAAAUAGGUUUAAAUAACAAAUGUAAUCUAAAACAUUUUUCUUUUUUCAUGCACAGAAGCAUUGACUUAUUCAAUUUGUAAUGCAUAUAAUUAUUAAUUGUAAACACGUUUUAAACUUAAUGGCAAUACAAUAAAAAAAUUACCAGAAA